AUGUCAGAUUCUUAUGCUGAGGUCAUGGCUCGUGAUGAGAAGGAGGUAGCAAGGCAUGAAAACAUCUUGAACAUCGGGUACCUCGUACAUCCUUCUAUUACUGCCACUCUUCCCUCCAAGCCACAUAUUGCAGACAUAGCUACCGGCACCGGCCGUUUCCUACAGUGUGCCCAGGAGCUAUAUCCACAGGCUAAUCUGGACGGCUAUGACAUAUCUCCCGCCCUUUUCCCCAAACAGAUCUCGACCACUAUCUCUCUGAGACUGCUAGAUGUGAAGCAGCCAAUUCCCGAGGAACUUCACAACCAGUACGAUCUCGUUCAUCUCAGACUUCUGUUAGCGGCUAUGGAUGGAAGCGAAUGGGGCACCGUCGUUCGCAAUGUCGUUCAGAUGCUCAAACCUGGAGGCUGGCUACAGUGGGACGAGGGCGAUUACACCUCCUUGAAGUAUUACCGAGGCCUUGAGGACUCCAAGGUUGCAACAGCAAGGAAGAUCGAAGGAAUGGUCAAGGGCACCCUUCUGGGGGAGCGUAUGAAGCACGGUUGGAAUACGCUACCGGAGCACAUGACGGCAGCUGGUCUCGAGCCGGUCAUCUCCGACAUCGUCAGUUCGGAUAGAAUGCCGGAGACUCGGCAUGCCAUGUCAGCUGCCACAACGAAAGCACUCAUAAACUUCGCACAUAUUACUAACGCUCGCGGGAGCCCUGGAUCGUUGGCUGACGAAGAAGUCGACGAAUUGGAAACGAGGGUGUUCGAGGAGUUUGAAUCGGGGUGCUACGUCAGAUUCGAUAUAUAUGUGGCGGCCGGUCGUAGAAGGAUUGUGGUCUGGUCUAUUUCCUUUGUCGAGCUGUCACCUGAUUAUGAGUUCUCUUAG